AGUCACCUCUCUCUCUCACACCAGCAAGAAAUUCUUCUUUUAGGUUCCAUCUUUAAGUGGAAGUUUGUUCAUUACCUAUUUUUAGAUCUCUAUUUUUUGUUUUUGAUCUUUGUUUCCUUUCUAAAUCUCUCCCUCCCUCUAUCUCUCUUUAUUUCAGUCCAAUUUUCUCACCCCCCCCUGGAUACUUGGAAUUUGAAGAAACUAGCUAAAUAAGAUGGGGAGAGGAAAGAUUGUGAUUCGAAGGAUAGAUAACACAACCAGUAGGCAAGUGACUUUCUCAAAACGAAGGAACGGAUUAUUAAAGAAAGCCAGAGAGCUUUCUAUUCUUUGUGAUGCUGAAGUUGGUCUUAUGAUCUUUUCUAGCACUGGCAAGCUCUAUGAGUUCUCCAGUACCAACAUGAAAUCUAUAAUUGAGCGAUACAACACGUCAAAGGAGGACCAACACCAUCCAUUGAUGAAUGCAACUUCAGAAGCCAAGAUCUGGAAAAGGGAGGUAGCGACCUUGAGGCAUCAAUUAGAAACCUUGCAAGAAAACCAUCGGCAAUUGAUGGGCCAAGAGCUAUCCAGUUUGAGCACUAAAGAGCUACAAAAUUUGGAAAAUCAAUUGGAAAUGAGUUUGCGUGGAGUCCGUAUGCAAAAGGACCGAAAGCUAACCGAUGAGAUACACGAACUAAACCGAAAGGGUAACCUCCUUCACCAAGAAAACAUGGAACUAUUCAGGAAGGAACACCAUAUCCGUCAAGAAAACAUGGAUUUGUUAAAGAAGAUCAAUGAAGCGAGAGAUGCACAUGAGACAAAUAGGGUUUCUCAUUCUCCAAAUGGCUUUAAUCUUGAAGAAGAAGAUGAUGAAUGUAUCAUACUUCAAUUAAGCCAACCACCACAACAAAACUCUGCUACACCACAAAACCCUACAACAGUAAACAGACUACAGUUGCAAUGACGAACAGGAGUAAAAAUUCUAGUCCAAAACAACUGUUUCACCUUUGAACUUCACACUGCAUAAAUCGCCCUUUACACAAUCAGAAUAAAGCAAACUUGAAGAUAAGUUCUGUUCUCUAUCAAUAUCGCAGUCUCCCUAGUCUGGUGAUCGCUCCUACAACCCUUCAUCACUAAAUUGUCUACAGAUUCAAGUAUGUUUCUUGAAGUCAGGUGUUUCUUGAAAUACUAGUUAUAUGAUGCAUUGAAAGUAGAGUACCUUUAAUGAUAAAUGAUGUCUAUCCAUCCAUGUAAAGUUAAUUGGCAACAGGAAAGAAACAGUAUGUGCUUGUAUUUUUUUAAUCUUUA